CACAGAGCGUUCUGCUAUGGACAUCGACCCUUCCUCCGCCGCCCACGCCGACGGCGGGGGCGACCUCUGGCCGUUCGACUCGCUCACCACCUCGCUCCUCUUCUCCUCCUCGCCGCCGCUCCACCCGCUGCCCGGCACCUCCUCGUCCUGGAUGCUCACGCCGCAGUCGCCGCUCUGGCUCUUCGACGACCGCCAGAUGAUGCCCAUCGAGGUCGGCCCCGCGCCCGCCGCGGAGGACACCAGUAUCCCCGCACCCGUCGCCGCCGAGGACGUCCACCGAGCCCGCUCCGGGAAUUCGGAUACGCCAAGUAAGACGGUUGAACGUCUUAACAACAAAUGGCAGUUUAACCUAUCUCUGCAUGACGAUAGCACAAACAGCUCUUGUUUGUUCAAGGAGAAGCUUACACAUGCUCUCAGGUGCUUCAAGGAUUCAACCGAUCAACACCUGUUGGUCCAGGUAUGGGCACCGGUUAAGAGUGGAGAUCGCUAUGUGCUCACUACAUCAGGACAACCAUUUGUACUUGACCACCAGAGCAUCGGGCUACUUCAGUACAGGGCUGUAUCCAUGAUGUACAUGUUCUCAGUAGAUGGAGAGAAUGCUGGAGAGCUUGGGUUACCUGGGCGUGUCUACAAGCAAAAGGUGCCUGAGUGGACACCAAAUGUGCAGUAUUAUAGCAGCUCUGAGUACCCACGCCUUAACCAUGCCAUCAGUUACAACGUUCAUGGCACUGUUGCCUUGCCUGUUUUUGAUCCUUCUGUUCAGUCAUGUGUUGCUGUUGUUGAACUUAUAAUGACAUCGAAAAAGAUAAACUAUGCUGAUGAGGUCGAUAAAGUCUGCAAAGCUCUUGAGGCAGUUAAUCUUAAAAGCACCGAUAUAUUGGAGCAUCCAAAUGUCCAGAUUUGUAAUGAAGGCCGUCAAUCCGCCCUGGUGGAGAUACUGGAGAUCCUGACAGUUGUAUGUGAAGAGCACAAGCUUCCUUUAGCACAAACCUGGGUCCCUUGCAAGCAUCGAAGUGUCUUGGCUCAUGGUGGCGGUCUUAAGAAAAGCUGCCUGAGCUUUGAUGGAAGUUGCAUGGGGGAAGUCUGCAUGUCAACUAGUGAUGUGGCAUUUCACGUGGUUGAUGCUCACAUGUGGGGAUUUCGAGAUGCCUGUGUAGAACAUCACCUGCAGAGGGGACAAGGAGUUUCAGGGAAGGCGUUUAUCUAUCACAGACCUUGCUUUUCAAAAGAUAUCAGUCAGUUCUGUAAGCUGGAGUAUCCCCUUGUGCACUAUGCCCGUAUGUUUGGACUGGCUGGCUGCUUUGCUAUAUGUUUACAAAGUCCUUAUACUGGUGAUGAUUAUUAUAUGUUAGAGUUUUUCUUGCCACCCAGUUGUAGAGAUGAAGAUGAUCAAAAUGCCUUGUUGGAGUCUAUAUUAGGUCUGAUCAAUCAGUGUCUCCGUAAUCUAAAGGUAGCUGGUAAUGGAGACUCCAACGAAGCUUCUCUUCAACUUAGUAAUGUCAUAAUGAUCGAGAAUGAAGAUUCCAAGACAAAUGUGCAGUUCGAGAACCCUGAAGGUUGCUUUCGUGAAUCGCUGGAAGAUGAUACACAUGGAGGAACCCAUGAGUUUGAUAAAGGGAAUAGUAAAGCAUCCGAGGUACAUUUGUUGGCUGACGAUAACUCUCAAAAUAAUGGCGCAUCUGUCUCCAGGCAAAAUGGUAGCGCCGCUUCUGAUUCUUCGCUGCUUCACAAAAAUGGCAAACCCCCUGAAAGGAGACGGGGCAAAGCUGAAAAAACAAUCAGCUUAGAUGUUCUUCAGCAAUAUUUUUCUGGAAGCCUGAAAAAUGCAGCAAAAAGCCUUGGUGUGUGUCCUACAACCAUGAAGCGCAUCUGCAGGCAACAUGGGAUUUCUCGUUGGCCAUCCCGAAAAAUCAACAAGGUCAACCGGUCUCUCUCGAAGUUGAAGCAAGUAAUUGAGUCUGUUCAAGGCUCAGAUGCUGCAUUUAAUCUGACAUCUAUUACAGGCCCUCUUCCAACUAUUCCUGUUGGCCCUUCAUCAGAUUCUUUCAAUAUAGAAAGAGCAAGUCAAAGUAAAGCAGAACUUUCAAGUCCUGUGGUCGACGGUGACAGAGAUUCAUCUUUACAGAAGUCACAAGAAAACGGUAGCCAUUUUGGUGCACUCAUGCCCCAGCAAAGAUUUGUAGACGCUAGCAAUAAUGUCCAACUUGAAGCAGACAAAGCUUCUCACUCAAGAAGCUCGUCGGGAGAAGGCAGUAUAAAUUCACGUACUUCGGAGGGUUCAUGCCAGGGAAGUCCUGCAAACCAGACAUUCGUUUGCCAGCCUAUUGCUUCAACUUUCUUGGAACCACAGUUGAAUCUGCAAGGGUUCACAAAAGAGCCUUUCGAAGAAGUAGAGCUACCACUUUCUAGGAUGCCCAUCGAGGAUUCUGGUAGCUCCAAAGAUUUGAACAAUCUCUUCACUUCAGCAAUUGACCGACCAAUAUUAGCCCCUCGCGGCAAUUUUGGGGCAAUGCAAAAUUCAAGGACUGUGACGAUUAAGGCGAGUUUUAAGGAAGAUAUUAUUAGGUUCCGCUUCCCAUGUUCAAGCAGCGUUAUGGGACUGAAAGAUGAAGUAGCCAAAAGGCUGAGGAUGGAUGCUGGCAUGUUUGAUAUCAAGUAUCUGGAUGAUGAUCAUGAGUGGGUGAAGUUGGCUUGCAAUGCGGACUUGGAAGAAUGCAUGGAGAUCUCUAGGCAUUCUGGUACCCAUGUCAUCAGGCUAUUAGUUAGCGAUAUUGCGGCCCACAUUGGUAGUUCUUGUGGAAGCUCCGGUUGAUAUACUGGUUCUUAACUUCUUUUUUCAAUGGGUAUGUACGGGUUCUUAUUCCAUGAAGUCAGUUUCACCUGUUGUUAAGCUAGUCCUGUCCUGUUGCUAGAUAGCAUUAGCAGUUUUACUGUGUUCGAUUACAUUACCAUUUUUUGUUGUACGAAUAUGUGUAACUCUGCAAAACGCACGUGCUAUCAAUGCUGUACAUAUUUAGCACGUGGCGCUGGUAAUUCUGGCAGUACAGUUAAAACCGAAGUUGUUGUAAUAUGACUGUUUGUUGUCGUUCAGAAAUUGAACAGUUUUGGAAAGUUAGUUUCCUUUUACUCA